GAGUUCGUCGUGCGACAACAGAGGAGGCGACGCAACGGGCUCGUCGCGCCCACAGCCAGGCCACCUCGAGUCCCCGACGACGAGGGAGACGACGAGUGGACGCCCGAGAAGGAGAGAUCUAGCAGGUAUGCGAUCAAAAGUGGAAGCGUGGGCGGUGGAAGAAGAGGCGGUCUUAAGAGGAAGGCAGAGUGGAGUGCUCCAGCUUGGACCGGAAGGAGUGAGAACUACGAUGAUGCGCCGCUCAGUGUAGACCAAGUAGAUGUUAUACCGUUAUGGACUCCAGCCAAGUUGGUGGCAGGUGCAAAGGGCACUGUCAAGAUAAUGCCAACAACAGCCGACAGGUCAAGUGGAGAUUCCGCUGCGGAAAAUGUUAAGCCAGAGGACAAGGGGGUCUUUUCAGUUCCCAUGUCACAGUUGGCAACAGAUACAGAGAUGGUAACAGUGAAAGAGCUUCCAGCUGAGAGUGAAACACUUGGUGUAGGAUCAGAUGAAGAAGGUCGGGGAAACAGCUGUUUUUCGGGAGAGAAGUCCAAGACGCGGUACCCACGACGUCGUAGCAGAAGGAAGCUGUUUUAUGAAGAAAGCAUUACUAAAGAUGACGAUUUUAUUUAUUGCGCAGACUGUGAAGAAGAGAAAGAGGGAGAGUGUCCGUACCAUCCAUUGUUCCUUAUUCUAGAUAACCCCGUUGUUCGAGACGGCAGCGAGAAAGAUCGUGCUCGCCUCACAACCCCUUGGCCCCUCACUGUCUGCGACUCGAAAGUGAAGGGGGCAGGAAAAGGCGUGUGGACCAAUGCUCAUCUCCCAGCCCAUCUUGUGUUUGGUCCGUAUGAGGGCCGUGUCCUAUCUGGCCAUCCGGAAGCCGGUAAAGAAUCUGGCUAUGGCUGGAAGAUUCGAGGUACUGGAACAAGGAAUACGUGCAUUGAUGCUGUAGACAGUGCAGUUAGUAACUGGAUGCGUUACGUCAACUGUUCAAGAACUGAAGCUGAGACCAACCUAUCUACAUUUCAGUACAAGGGGCAGAUCUACUACAAGACGGACUCUGCAAUUAGCAGGGGGAGCGAGUUGAUGUGCUGGUACGGAGACGAUUACGGGAAGGAUCUGGGUCUGUCAAGAGAGCCGUCCAAGUGGAAACCAGCGAAGAAAGAUGUAAAAGAUCGGCAGUGCGAAUGGUGUGGCUUAGUCUACAGCUCGAAAGAUUAUCUAACGCGUCAUCUAAAAGUGUGCAGAAAGCGUGUUCACACUUACACGCCGCCAAUUUGCUCCACGCGAGGAACCAGCAGUAGUGGCUCAACCAAGCAGUGUUUGCGAGAAGAGGCGCCGCAAUUCCCGGAAAAGGCGUCUCAUGAGACACUGCGUUCGCCAGCAUCCGAUGAAUAUAAUACUGAGUGUUCAGUUUGUGAUUACAAGUGUGAAUGUUCUGAUAUCCCAAAUCAACAUGUGUUAAUACACAGUGGAAAAAAACUGUUGGAGUGUUCUGAGAGUAGGAAAAGAUUUGCAGACAGUAUAAGCUGA